UUAAGCCGCUCAUGAAUGGGGUACUCAGCAAGAGGAAGAAGAAAAGCAUUUAGAGUACGAAGUUGGCAAGUGUUUGUCAACAUCAGCAGAACACUUCCUAACCCGGGACCGAGAGAUGCACGUUGGAUUGAGAUAUCUUUCUUUAGUGAAUCAUUUUCCUUCCUGACGUCUUUCGAUAUGGUGAAUGCUGAUAUUUUAGGUCUAUUCCAGGAGAGAGACUUCCUGAGAAUAUGUGCUCCUAUGGUUCGUUAUAGCAAGUUGUCUUUCCGUAUUCUAGCAAAGCGGCAUGGCUGCGAUCUGUGCUUUACUCCCAUGAUAAUGGCUGACUCCUUUGUGCAGUCUGCCAAGGCUCGCAGUAAUGAAUUUACUACAUGUACAGAGGACUCUCCGUUGAUUGUUCAGUUUGCUGCCAACUCCACUCUUGACUUUGUAAAUGCAGCAGAAAUUGUAGCACCAUUUAGUGAUGGGGUUGAUCUUAAUUGCGGAUGUCCACAACGGUGGGCUAUGAAAGAAGGCUACGGUGCUCAUUUACUGACAAAGCCAGAAACAAUACAUGACAUGGUGCGACAAGUUCGCAAUAGAGUAUCAGACAACUAUUCUGUGUCAGUUAAAAUUCGUUUGCUUGAGGAGGACAGGAAAACUAUUGAACUAGCUCGUUCUCUGGAAGCUGCUGGUGUGACUUUCCUUACUCUUCAUGCACGAACUACUCAGGAAAGGCAUUCACCCAUUCAUGAAGACUCCUUACAUGAAGUAUGUCAAAGUCUUAAAGUGCCCUUGGUAGCCAAUGGAGAUGUAAAAUCAUUAAAAGGGGCAGAAAGGUUGCAUGCUAAAACUGGAUGUAAAGGCAUGAUGGCAGCACGUGGCAUGCUAGCUAACCCAGCAAUGUUUCUAGGAUGUGCCACAACUCCUCUCACUUGUGUUCAAGAUUGGGUCAAUAUUUCUCUUGAUUUGGGAACAAUUUUCAACUGCUUCCACCACCAUUUGGUAUUUAUGCUAGAACACGUUUUGUCUAAAGAAGAGAGGCGUAUAUUUAACUGUCUCAAAACAAAAUCAGCAGUUCUAGAUUUCCUCAAAGACACUUAUGGAAUCACAUAUAAACCUGGUGAAAGUGGGCUUAGCUCUGCAAGCGAUGUGAUAAUAUGUGAUAAAAGUAGUAUCCGAGAAGAAAAUUCUGUUGGUGCAUUCUUUACAUCAACUGUCCAGGAAGAUGAGUCUUAUGAUGAUACUUUGGAUAGUUUGGGUGGGUUAUACAACUAACUUCAAUGAAAAUGGUUUCUAUUUUACAAGAAAAUAAAAUUUUGCAAUUUUCUUCUCAUGCAA